AUGGUCAUCUGCACUGAGAUCGAGAAGAGGAAGAUAGCUGCGCAUUUUCUUCAGGGUGAGGCACGAGUGUGGUGGAUCGGUACACAGAGGGCUAUGGAUGUGUCCACCUUGACAUGGGAGGGUUUUGUGGUGCUCUUCCGGUACCAUUACUUUCCGCCUGCAGUGAGGGAGCAGUUAGAGCUCGAGUUCAUUGCUAUAGUUCAGGGGAAUAUAAGCGUCAGAGACUAUGAGGCACGGUUCUCCCAGUUGUAUCAGUUCGUCCCACAGAUAGACGCAGAGGACCUGGCCAAGAAGUUUCUGUGGGGACUGAAGCAUGAGAUCAGGCAGAUUGUGUACCCCCUUAUGCUGCCUACGAAGGCACUCAUCUUCUCUAGUGCUAUGGCCCGUGAGCAGGUGGCCAAAAUGCAUGAGAGUGAGACCUUGGCUUCAAGAGAUUCCCAUGGAAAGGGGAAGGCAGUUGCCUGGAGCAGUGAUGAGAUGGACAGUCGGGGUGGGUCCCGGAAGAGACAGCGGACUCAUCAUCAGGCUCUAGCUAGAGUGGCAACUGCACCUGUUAGGGCUGUACCGAUCAGGCAUGUAGCACCUGCCGCAUCUCUGAGAUGUUACAACUGUGGCGAGAUGGGCCAUGCUUUAGGAGCGUGCAUGAAGCUGAGGAACAUGGCAUGCUUUAGAUGUGGACAGGCAGGGCAUUUCGCCAAAGAGUGUACCCGGCCUCAGAAUGACGGGCAGGGGAACCAGCAGAGACUGUUGCCACCUGGUCAGGCUAGAGUGUUCGCUAUCGGUCAGCGAGGUGCUGGGGCAGAAGGUGUUAUUGUGUGA